AUGGAAUACGAUUAUGUAAGUCAACAUUAAUGUUACGGGUAAUGAAAAGCGCGCCAUUUGCUGUUGUAUUUUGUGAGAGGAUAGUCUGCUUUCUUUUGAUCUCUGAAGUUUUUCUAUGAGGUAAUUUGUUAUGUGAACUUAUGUGAUUUUUGUAAAUUGUUACCUAAAAAAAUGGUUUUUUCAUGUUGUCAAUAAGGUUUUUUGGAUUCUUGGCGGUAGGGAAUGUUGUUUUUUUUAAAUUUAUCAUUUUGUUCCGGUUUUGUGCUUUAUUUUGUAAACGCUGAAUAAAAAUUUGUUCUCGAUAUUGAGAUUUUUUUGUUUUUACAUUAACUUUGUUUAUUCUUAACGAUGUGUAGAUACGUGACCCUAAGUUUAAAAGUUGUAAGUUUUCUGUUUGGAUAUUUUUUAAGUAUAGCACGAGAGGGUGGAACAGUAAGUGGAACUACUUCAACAAAUGCACAGAUGGCUAAUACUUUUCACUGCUAUAGAAGUUCAAUAUUGCACAGAAGAACCAUCCAACAAAAUUAAGUCACUGUUGCAAUGGAAUCAACUCUAAUAACGUAGCUACAGUUUUAGGGGGAACCAAGAAUUGUACUUCUCUCUGAUUUCAUCAAUGGAAUUUCACAGCAAACAAAUUGCAUUCGACGUUGUCAUGACGUUUUUGGUCACAUAUCUGAAAGAAGUCAUAAUUAUGAGAAGAAGAUUUAGGAUUUUUUAGCGACGGAAGCUUUUUUUUAUUUUGGGGCUACUUUUAUAGGCUAACAUUGUAAAGGCGCGUUACAUAGUUACAAAUAAAAAAUGGUUGCGGCGGAAGAAGUUAUGUAGCAUCUUAUUCUUUAGUAAGUUUUUGAGUGAAAUUUGUUUAAAAUUCUUUUCGGGACGUGAAAGACGCAUAAAUUAGUGUAUGGAAAUUUGUUGUUGAUUUCCUUCUAUCUAUUUUGUUCGCGAAUUUUAAACGCAGAGCUUUCUUUAGAAAAAUUCGUCGUAACGUGACCGUUUCUGUCGUCAGCUGCAAAGAACAAGGCAACUAUCUUUUUUUCCAACCGGAACACGUGUUUAUGGCUUCAAGACAGCGUUAGGCGGCUUCUGCACAAAACAGUUGUGGAUUUAUCAAUUAUGCGGCAUAUUAAAACUGAUUUUCUCAUCUGUAUAUGCUUUUCAAGCAGUUUUCUGAAUUCAGUAGUGGAAAUGGGCGUCUAUUCUCAUUCUUCGCUUUUUCUCUUUCCACUUUGGAUACUUUUUAUUCCUGACGAACACUCGAGGCGGGGGGAAAACAGCGGCGAGGGGCGGCUGGCUCCGAUCGAUAACGAAAAAUAGAACGUUAUUAGUGGAUACAGCAGACUAUUAUGUCUUAAAGUAGGGCGUUUUGAAUCAUUUAUUUUGAAAUUUCUGGUCUAAUGGUAUUUUUCGUAAUUAAAAAAAGUCGUUUUGUGUUGAAGUGAAAUGCUUUUGUAAUUAUAUGGUACAUUUAUAUGUAAUGCUUACAAUUGUCUUUACUUAGGAAGCCUUGUUGUCGAAUUGAAUCGUUUGGAAUAUUUCGCUAGUAUGCGACGAGGUUUUGUUUAUAACCAGUGUUUACGGCUUCUAGUUUUGUGAUUUCUCAUGCGUAGUAGAUAUCGACAAGGUUUCAUCACAGAAGAAGAACAUUAUUGUAGCGAAAUUUUGGCUUGUGCGGCGUUUUUAAUUUUUCAUGUUACAAAGCGGAUACUGGUAACGAAGCUUCUUAUGUUGGCAAGUUUCAGAUGGACGAAGAAACUCCUCACUCCAUCAAUGGGGAACCAGCAUACGAAGUAGAAGAAGUAUUGGAUAUGAGGUUGAGAGGACCACGACGCAAGAAAAAACGUGAAUUUCUCAUUAAAUGGGUUGGGUAUGGGCCGGAACACAACAGUUGGGAACCGAGGGAGAAUUUGAACAGUGUGAGUUCAGAAUUACCUAGUUGAUUUAACAUUACAUUCUUUUGCGGUUUAAUCAAAUUGUUUUUGCAGUGUCCCGAUGCAUUAGUGGCGUUCUUUUUAAAACGAGGAAUAGACGAUGAUGAGGUCAUGGUACAAUACUAUAAGGAGUUAGAAGAAUUAAAAGAAAUAAAAGAUGCAAAAAACGAACCAUCUACUUCUAUAGAUGACUGGCGAUUGGUAAAUGAUGAAAACCUUAUUCCGCCAAGUAAAAUGGAACUCGAAAUCAGCAUCGAGGACGAGGUCAUGGACUACCAACAAGAGCCAGUUCAGAGCUUGAAUGCUGGUAUAACUGAAGAAUCAAGAUCAAACGUCAAUCGUAAUAGAGAAAGAAAGAAUGUAGGCGCUUUGUGGGCUGAUGCACUUGAAGAUUAUGAUUCAGAUGUAGAUCCCUUAAUAGCCAAAUCUCCUAUACCUUAUGGAGAAGAAAGUUCGAUGAACACUUUCAAAAAGUUGAAAGAGACAAUGAAGUCACUUCGGCCGAUGGAUGAAUUUUUGGCUUUGGGGAAAGAGAAGGAGUCCCGGAAAAGACGACAUGAAGAAGACCUGGCUGGACCUUCAACUGACAAAGGUAGAUCGUCGAGAAGAUCGGAAGGUGUUACGCCAAAGCGGGUUAGAUUUCAGGUAAUAUUACUUUUGGAUUUAAAGGGGUUAAUAUAAGUUUUUAUGGUUUAAUCAUUCAAAGCUACUUUUUUAUAAUUGUAUUUUAAAUGGAAAAGUGGAUUUAAUCUUAUACGAAAGAAUUAAUAAUUGUUUCAGAUAUGCACACCUCAUGACGACACCGCUGAUAGGAUUCAGAUGGCGGGCGAGACGGAAGAAGUAUUUUUAAAAGGUUUGAUUCGAGAAAACCAAAAGAAACAAGAAGAUCAGCCAGAAAAGUAUUUAUUCGGAAAUAAACAAGAAAUGGAACAUCAAGUGUCUGAAGUAAAGAAGAUCAAGUCUAUAUUACGCACAUCUAUUACAAGAAAACCGGCAAAAAAUAUCUCACAUAUUAUGUCGGAGAAAGAGUUGGACUUGGCCAAAUAUUUGAUGAAUCUCUAACAGGUAGCUUUUUUUAAAAUUGUUUGAAUUUUAGGAGUUUAUUGCCUUAUUUAAAAUGUAUGACAUGCAGGUAACAACUAAUUAAUCUAUAAUUUCAGAUUACUAA